GGAGUCCGCGCCCAUUUCCGCCGGCGCGGAGCCCGGCCCCUCGGCCCCGCCGCGCUCUGGGCGCUCGCCACGGCCACCGCCACCUCCAGCUCCACCAUGCCGGCGGCAGCGCUGGCCCUGGGCGUGCUGGUAGCUGUGUGCCAUGCCCUGGAGAACACGACGUCGGCCCUGAGCGGUCCACCGGUGGCGGCGGCGGUGCGGUCCCACUUCAACGAGUGCCCCGACUCCCACAGCCAGUUCUGCUUCCACGGGACCUGCCGCUUCCUCGUGCAGGAGGACAAGCCGGCGUGCGUGUGCCACUCGGGCUACGUGGGGACGCGCUGCGAGCACGCCGACCUCCUGGCCGUGGUGGCCGCCAACCAGAAGAAGCAGACGAUCACCGCCCUGGUGGUGGUGGCCGUGGUGGCCUCGGUCGUGCUCAUCGCCGUCUGCGUGCUCAUACACUGCUGCCGGCUGCGGAAGCGCUGCGGGUGCUGCCGGGAACCCCUCUGCGGCCAGGAGAAGCCGGCCGGGCUCCUGAAGGGCGGCGCGUCCUGCUGCCACGCCGAGACGGUCGUCUGACGCAGCCGGAGCUGCCGCAGCCGAGCCAGGACGCCGCGCCGGGGUUGAACACAGCUGAUUCCCUUCUCUCUCUCUCUUUUUUUUUU